UUGGAUGACAUCUGUAAUUUGUCAAACAAAACAGCUAAUAUUCCUUUGAAGUUUCUAACUACUAGUGAAAGUAAAUUGGUAGGCAAAUGUCUGGUCAUGUUUGCAAAUAAACAGCUAUAUGUAAGUAAUGUAGAUAGAUACAAGUGAACAAGACUCUCCCUUUUUAAACAAAGUGGUGCAAUCCGGAGAGUGUGUGAGCCCCAACUAAAUGAGGUGCUGUGCAUCAGAUUUUUUGUAGCAUUCAUUGCAGGGCUAGUAGAUAUAGUUUUCCAUCUUAAGGGCCUGCUUUUUUUUUACUUCAUGAAACGGUCCUCAGAGCCACAAAGAUACUGCAAAUUGUGAUACAGGCAAAGCCGCAUCAAUCUGGACAACCAACACCAGAGACAGAGAUACUGAGAGUGGCUAUCAGGUGGCACAACCAAGUGAACAGACAUGGAUGGAAGCAGCAGCAACAGGACCAUGUCAUACAGCCGAUGGAGUUAUGACAGCGUUUUAGAUGAUGAAGGCAGCAACCUACGACAACAGAAGCUUGAAAGACAGCGUGCAUUGUUAGAACAGAAACAGAAGAAAAAGCGCCAAGAGCCUCUUAUGGUUCAGUCAAAUAUUGACAGCCGAUCAAGAACUCGAAGAAUGAAACAAUCUGAAGAACAAGCACCCCUAGUUGAAUCUUACCUUAAUAGUAACAGCAGCACCAUUUAUCAUGCAGUACAGGAGGCAGAACAGGAGGACGUAAAGCUGGUAACAGAAGCACAAGCACCAAAGUCUAACAAAAAAGCAAAAGCAGCAGCUACCAGCUCUCAAACAGGAAGUGCCAAAAAGGAGAAAAAAGGGAAACACAAAGGCAUCGAUGGUCCAGCUGCAUUUCAGGAUGAGGUCCCAGAGGUGGGAAGUCAGAUUCAAAUUCUUACUGUUGGACAAACUAACCAAGAUGAAGGGGAUGGAGAAACAACUGCCAGUAGUCAGCAGCAGGGGAAGCAAGACUUGAGAGUCACAAUGCAGAAGAAAGGUAUUUCUAGCAGCAUGAAUUUUGAUGAGGAAGAUGAUGAGGAGGAUGAAGAUAGCUCAAGUUCCUCACAACUUAACAGCAACACGAGGCCUGGCUCUGCCGCAAGCAAAAAAUCAAACAAGGAGGCUGCAUCAGCACCCUCACCACCUGCGAACGAGCCUGUCAUUGACGUGGAUGAUCUUGAAGGCUUUGCUUCGAGACCAGCACCACAGGGUGUCACUGUAAAAUGUCGCAUCACGAGAGACAAAAAAGGAAUGGAUAGAGGAAUGUAUCCCACCUAUUAUCUUCAUCUGGAGCGGGAGGAUGGUAAAAAGAUAUUCCUGUUAGCUGGAAGAAAACGAAAGAAGAGCAAAACAUCAAAUUACCUCAUAUCUAUAGACCCUACUGACUUAUCCAGGGGUGGAGAAAGCUUCAUUGGGAAACUAAGAUCAAACCUUAUGGGAACCAAGUUCACAGUUUAUGACAAUGGAGUAAAUCCUAUGAAAACAACCUCAAGCUUAGAGGCAAGCAACCUACGUCAGGAACUAGCAGCCAUCUGUUAUGAAACCAAUGUUUUAGGCUUCAAGGGACCCCGGAAAAUGAGUGUAAUCAUUCCAGGAAUGAAUAUGGACCAUGAAAGAGUCUGUAUCAGGCCACGCAAUGAUCAUGAAACUUUGCUCGCAAGAUGGCAGAAUAAAAAUACUGAAAGUGUCAUUGAGCUUCAUAACAAAACUCCAGUUUGGAAUGAUGAUACACAAUCGUAUGUUUUGAAUUUCCAUGGUCGAGUCACACAAGCAUCUGUUAAAAACUUUCAAAUUAUUCAUGAUAAUGACCCUGAUUACAUAGUGAUGCAGUUUGGCCGAGUAGCAGAAGAUGUCUUCACCAUGGACUACAACUACCCCAUGUGUGCAUUGCAGGCUUUUGCUAUUGCACUAUCAAGUUUUGACAGCAAGCUGGCUUGUGAGUAAGAAAGGAGUGGAGAAACUCUCACAUACUGCAAAGCACUGCAUAAUAAGGAUGAAUCAAGCAAAACAGAGAACAGCAAGCCCUGUCGACCCUGUUGUUGUUUAAUUUGAUUUAGUCAUGUCGAAUAUAACAACUCCACUCUACAGUUACAUGAAAAAUCUUGAAAAAGAAAGAUACUUUUCCUUAUCAGAGAGCAGUGUUUUGGAACAGUAUGUUUCAUGGACAACAGUUAACAUUAGAUGAUUUAAUUCCAUUUUGUACAACUUUAAAAUGCCAUUAAGCUGUAAAAUAUGAUUUCUACAACACACCUGCUGGUAAAGAAUUUGCAGUCAUCUAGUGCCAACAAGUUUAUAAUGGUAAUGUAUCUUGGAUGUUAAAGUCCAUGGUGGCCAAAAUACAUUGAUUCUUUCAAAAUGCACUGUGUAGCCAACAUUAAGAUGAGUCUGGUGACUAUACUUACAACAGGAUUUCAAAGUAAUUGACAAUUGGUAAUGUGAACUCUAAUUAAUUUAAUUUAAUUAUAGAGAAUCUUAGAAUUUUGGGCCACUUCGUUUUUCUAAAAUGUAAGUAACUAAGGUAGGUAAGACUAAGUGAUUUUUGAGCUACUGAAAACUCCAUUUUAAAUAUUUAAUAUUUAUGAUAUCUUCCACAUUUUUAUUUUAGCAGAUCAACUGACAUAUAUUUUGCCUCUAAAUGGAAACUAUUUAUUACAUGCAAGACAAUGUCAGGAUAUAAUCUUCCUGACAGCCUGUCCUAUGUUAUAGUAACAGUGACUCUGUUUUAGCCUAUCACACCAGAAUGAAACAUAAAUUUUGCAAAUAUUUCAGUUCAUUAACUCAGCUUUUAUAUAUUUCUUCUCUGGAACAUUUUACACAUUACUAGAUUUUAAUUUGUUUGAAUCCUUGUGGGUCUGUGUUCAGCCAUUGAAUGGAACUUCCAUCGAGCAGCUGAACAUCAAACCCUAUCCAUCAAAUUUCAUCAACAGCGAAAGUAAGCAGUUGGCUACCACUUCUUCUUCUGUCCUUUUCCUCAAUGUAGUGUGGCCUUGGAGUUGGU